AUGAAACGGAAAAAUUUAUAUGAUGAAAUUAAAUACAUAACAAAAUCUAUUGAGGAACUACAGGAUUCAUUAAGUAAUCCUCUAAAAAGAGAAGAAUAUAGAGAAUAUGUAAAUAAGGAUGAGAACUUUUUAAAUAAUAUGAAUGAAAACGAUCACGAAUCAUUUGCUAUGUGUUGUGAAUUUGGCUCUGUAAAAGCUCUUAUUAACGAGAAACGCUAUAAUAAUAUUUUUAAAAAAACCCAAAAUUCUACUUUAGAGGAUAUUAUCCGUAAAUGGAAAUGGAAAUACAUGAUAGUUCCUCCAUCUAGUAAUUCUCAGAAUAAUGAUGAUAAUACGAAAAUAUUAGAUCAUUCUAAUUCUAUAUUUGAUAUAUUCAAUUGGAAUAGAUGGUACGAUGAUAAUUAUGGGAUAAAUAAAUUUCCACUUAAUACACUUGAUUUUCACACUUUACAAGGAAUAAUAAGUAUGGAUAUGCCAUCAAAAGUAAUAAAGAAGAGGAAAGAGAUAGCACAUAAGGAUAAUAUACAUGCUACUAAAUUAACCGAAAAUUUUACUGAUACCAAUAAUUUUAAUAUAAAAGAAAUUGAAGCAACAAAAUAUAACAUAUAUGAAUGGUUAAAAUUGUGUGAUAGAAAUCAGAAGGGAUUAAAAUUUUGGGAUAUUGUUUUGGAUAUAGAUAAAGAAAAAGGAUUUUCUAAUACUUGUUUAUAUAUCUUUUGCUUAUUAUCAUUACUUAAAGAUGGUUUAAUAAUGAUACAUAGUCCAAACCGUAUUAUUGAAUUAAAUUCAGAUGAUUUAGUAAUUUGGACAAAUAAGGAUUCUUUAAGUGAUAGGCAAAAAAGUACUGGAAUUAUAUCUAAUUUUUCAUAUUUAAAAUGGUGCAGCUUAUGUGAGAAUAAAUCAAGAUUAGAUGCAUGUAAUUUUGCAUCUAGUACUUCAUUUUCUUAA